AUGACGGACCAGGAGCUUCAAAUUCCCGACCCCCGAACUCGCACAGCAUUGGAAAACGAACCCACCCUGAGAAUUGUUCUCAAGGCUAAAUAUCGUCCUGAUAAGUCCCGACGCUCUGCAGAUGUCAUUCCCUGGGCAGAGAAGCUUGCCGAGAGCGUCAGUCGCGCCGCACUCAAGGAAGUUGGGAAACCAAAUGCCGACUUUGAGAUAAGCCUGAACAUAAUUCAGAUGCUCGGCUCGCCGGACUAUGUAUAUAUCUGUUACGAUAUUUUCCGCGCUGAGUGCGAUCGAAAUGUACGGCUCCAGACCCAGGAGAGUUUGCAACAGCCAAUUCAUUAUGCUAGUCGGAGAGGAGGUACAUACCUCAUGCGGAAGGAUGCGCGUAUUGAGGCAUUCGCAUCUCGAUCCUACUCAGAUAUGAGAAAGCUCGACAAAGGAGAACUGCCGCUGUUUUCGGACCUGAAAUUCCCGCCGUGUUACAUCUUUGGGAAACGCAUGGAAGAGCAAGGGCGGAGCCAGGAAGAAUGGCAACAGCUCCGGGCAGAGCGGAAGAAACAGAAUGCUCAGUCGUCGGAAGGGGAUAAGAUGAUUCAAGGUGUCCUGGAAAAAGAUAGUGAGGGGUGGGAACACGAUGAGCCAGAUAACCCUGUCCCAAGAGAAGAACUCCAGCGGGCUGAGCCGUCGGGUGAGGAUAAGCCAAUGGCGGGUGGCCCAGAGGAGAAAAGUGAGGACAGGCAGCACGACAAGCCACCAGUUGGUGAUGGUUUUAAAUGA